AUGUUUUUAAAGAAUAUUUUUAUUGCUCUUGCUAUUGCUUUAUUAGUCGAUGCUACUCCAACAACCAAGAGAUCAGCUGGGUUUGUUGCCUUAGAUUUUAGUGUUGUGAAAACCCCAAAAGCUUUCCCAGUCACUAAUGGUCAAGAAGGUAAAACUUCCAAAAGACAAGCAAUCCCAGUGACUUUACACAAUGAACAAGUCACUUAUGCUGCUGAUAUUACUGUUGGAUCUAAUCAACAAAAACUUAAUGUUAUUGUUGAUACUGGUUCAUCUGAUUUAUGGGUUCCAGAUGCUAAUGUUGAUUGCCAAGUCACCUAUAGUGAUCAAACUGCUGAUUUCUGUAAACAAAAGGGAACAUAUACUCCAAGUAGUUCAUCAGCUUCUCAAGAUUUAAACACUCCAUUCAAAAUCGGUUAUGGUGAUGGUUCUUCAUCUCAAGGUACCUUAUAUAAGGAUACUGUUGGGUUUGGUGGUGCUUCCAUUAAAAACCAAGUGUUGGCUGAUAUUAGUUCUACUUCAAUUGAUCAAGGUAUUUUGGGAGUUGGUUAUAAAACCAAUGAAGCUGGUGGUGAUUAUGACAAUGUUCCAGUCACAUUAAAAAAACAAGGGGUGAUUGCCAAGAAUGCUUAUUCACUUUACCUUAACUCCCCAAAUGCUGCUACGGGACAAAUUAUUUUCGGUGGUAUUGAUAAUGCUAAAUAUAGUGGAUCUUUAAUUACAUUGCCAGUUACUUCCAAUACCGAAUUAAGAAUCAGUUUGGGAUCAGUUGAAGUUGCUGGUAAAACCAUCAACACCGAUAAUGUCGAUGUUCUUUUGGAUUCCGGUACCACCAUUACUUAUCUCCAACAAGAUCUUGCUGAUCAAGUUGUUAAAGCAUUCAAUGGUGAAUUAACCCAAGAUUCUAGUGGUAACUCAUUCUACCUUGUUGAUUGUAAUGUGUCUGGAGAUGUGGUAUUCAAUUUUAGUAAAAACGCAAAGAUUUCUGUUCCUGCUUCUGAAUUUGCUGCUCCUUUACAAACUGAUGAUGGCCAAACAUAUUCUAAAUGUCAAUUACUUUUCGAUGUCAAUGAUGCCAAUAUUCUCGGUGAUAACUUUUUGAGAUCAGCUUACAUUGUUUAUGAUUUGGAUGAUAAUGAAAUUUCUUUAGCUCAAGUCAAAUACACUUCUGAAUCCAGCAUUUCGGCCAUUAAUUAG